AUGUCGCGCUCCUUCUUCGUCGACUCGCUCAUCCAGCAGCAGCAGCAAAGGCCCUCCAGGCCGUUCAAUCUUGACCUGCUGCCCAGGAUGCUGCCCUCCGACCCUGCCGACAACAGCGGCUACUUGUUGUUCGCCGCCGCAGCCGCAGCAGCCGCCGCAGGAGGGCCGCAAGGGGCUGGAUUUUACUACCCCGCACACCCUUUCGCACCAAACACCGCCUUCACCCCAUGGCCUGGAGGCCAACCUGUCAACCCUUUCAGCUCUUCACUUCCAAAGCUCUCACAUCAUCUGGUUCGCAAUUCAGAAACUGUUCCUCCUGCACUCAGUCCUGAAUCGUUGUGCGUCUCUGUUGACCCAAAAACUCCCUCUGCUGCAUCGACGAGCAUCAGUCCGCCAGCGUCGCCGGCAAGCAACUCGUCCAAAUCGGAGCUCACCACCGACUUAGGAAGCAGCAAAAGGGUUCGGACCGCUUUUUCGAGCACCCAGCUUCUUGAAUUGGAACGAGAGUUUGCGGCUAACAUGUACCUUUCCCGGUUGAGGAGGAUCGAAAUCGCCACUUGUCUCCAAUUAUCAGAAAAACAGGUCAAAAUUUGGUUUCAAAACCGACGCGUGAAGCAGAAGAAGGACGAGAGCGGCUGUUCUUGGCCUUCGGGCAAACCGGCGCCGACCUGCUGCUGCCUUCGAGCUUCGUGUCCCUCAAAAAGUGGCCAUGCUGACCAUCAAGUGACCACUUCAUCGUCAACGACUAGUGACGUCAAGAGGAAGGCCGAAGAGCAGACGGAAGAGUCGGAGAAGAACGGCAAAAAGGACGCGAAAGUCAGGAAAAUUUGGAGGCAACACGAAGAGGAAGAUUCUGCGUGA